AUGAUCUCUUUAAGGAUCAAUCAAAGUAGGACGGGCUUUUCAUUAGCACAUCGUAUUGUUGGACGAGCCGUAGGCAAUCAGCGUGUACUGAUCAAUUCGCAGAUAUUUCCGGAUAUGAUUGUCGAGAAAGUUUCGAACAAACGUGUUAAAUUUUCGGCCACUGUACCAGAAUCAGAAGUCCCAGUACUUUUUCUGGCAACGGUACGUCCGAGCAGUGGUUUUCUUAAUCAAAUUCCGGCCGGAAUUUCAAAUUAUGCUUAA